UAAAAAGUCAGCUGUGGACAAAAAGAUAAAGUACUGAAGUAUUACAAAUUGUUGCAAGCUCUGACAUGAAAAUGAAUCCUGCUCAGUUAGUACCUAGUGCUGUGUGUCUGCUCAUGAUAAUGACAAUGAGUGUUCAUUCCCAAAUUCAGGAAUGUGAGAAUGCAAUAGAUUUAGAAGGAUUUUCUGAUUGGAAUAGUCGCAUUGAGAUAUCGUGUCAAGAGGGAGAGGGAGGAUUUUUUCUUCAAGGGACGUUUCUGGCAGAGAACUUUAAUUCUGAAGUUGAUUUUGAUGCCUACAUUAGAUUCAACUGCUCAAAUGAGACACAUUAUGAGGUAUCAUCUACCUUCACUAUAUACAAAGUUGGUAACAAUGCUAUGAGAAUGAUACCACAGCAGCUAUCAGGGAAUGUAAAAUGCACUACAUUUGGUUGCUAUGAGGCCGUAUACCAAGAUCUUAAUAUUGACACUGUAAAAUACAACUUUAGUCCAACUUUACCCGAAGAAAACUGCUCACCUCCAGUGAAUGUAACAUUCAGCCUUCCAGAGAGGAGCCAGAAAGCCGUUCCAACAAAUACGUUUACCUUGAGCAGCAGCCCCACAUUAACUAGCAUCAUCAGCUCUAGCUCCCACAUGCUAGAAAUCUACACAACAAUUACAGAAAAUCAUCUGAGCUAUGCUACUGUUCUGUCCACAAGCUUAAGUACGACUAACUUUGUAAGUUCUGCAGCUCCUACGACUAGCUUUGGCAGUUCUGCAGCUUCUACGACUAACUUUGUAAGUUCUGCAGCUCCUACGACUAGCUUUGGGAGUUCUGUAGCUUCUACACCACCAAACAACAUGCCUCAAAGUCACAGCUUACACAUAAUGGGACUUUUGCUACUUGCACCCUUUUUUCUUCUUUCUUUCUCUUUAUUAAUGUGCAUUUCUAUUACUGUGAAGCGAUGGAGGAAGAACAAGCUGUUAAAUAAUCGAAGAACUGGCUAUGGGUUGCACAAGUAUGACACUAAGGUGUACGAGUGCAUAUCGGAUGUAUUUUUGGACAUGACAUUUGCUAAAAAAUAUCCUUCAGCGAUUAGCGUUAUCGACCCAUUCCAUUUCAAGUCAGCGGAACUAGCUCUGAGUGACACUCAAAGUGAUGACGGCACUAUCGACUCAGCCAUAGAAUCAGAAAUACAACAUACUCUUGCGGCUGCCCCAACGUUUACUUUCUCAGAGCCUGAGGUGUGCAUUGAACAAGCUACUGAUACAAGUAUCGAUCCUUCCUCUUACAUAACUGCACUUGCUUAUAAUGAUGGAGAAUGCAUGACACAUUCUGAAGGAAAUAAGUCCACAAGCAGCAUGAUAUCAGCAGGAGCAGAUCAUGAUCUUGGACAUUCAACAGACAGGAGUGUGGAGAGAAUGAUACCCUCCCUCAGAAAGGAUAAAGUUGAAGGAGGUUACAUUGAAGCUCUUACCUAUACAAGUAAUGAAUCGAUUAAUAACGUUGAGCAACAGAAUGAUACCUCUGUGUCUCCAAGCAACAACAGUUAUGCUGACAAUCAUACUACAAGUGCUAAAGAUGUCGGCUAUAUUCAAAUACCUCCCGUUGUACAGAGUCAGAAUGGUCCAAGCACUCAAAGUACCAAAAAUGGCUACAUUCACAUGUCUGAGUUGAAUUUGAAUGUAACUCAUGCUCCCUAGAUUCAGGGACUACAUAUCCGAUAACUUUCAGCACAAUAGUCAGACUACUCUAAUACGUUGUUGUUGUGAAUACAUCUUCAUGUAUGUGAAUAUUGGUUGAUCCAGUAGAUCUAGAUCUAGCUUUACAUGUGUUUCUACAUCGGCGAGUGGCUGGAUCAGAACUAUAAAAGAGAUAGAACAGUUCUUCUAUCUAAGCUGCUGCAGACCAGCCCCACCCCUCUUUGACAGCGAAAGCACCGUGGAUGCUGAUCAAUCGGUGGAUGUGUCAAAGCUACAUACAUAAAACAUAAGAUUAAUUAUGAACAUUGCUGGCAGCUGCAUGCAGGCGGCCUAAUCUUGGACUAGCAGAGGAGGUUAACAGAUAGGGUUACUUUUAAUUGCAAGAUUAUAAUGAAAGAGAUUAAAUUCUUGUCCUUAUAUAGCGCAGUAAAAAAAGAUAAGUGAUGUGUGCAGCAAUUGAUUUUUGUUAUUAUAGUACUUCGACCGAUGAACCUUACUCACAACACGUUUACCGUGAGGAGGGUCCGGCUGUAAGGAAUUGAAGGAUAUGAUGAUGCACAUUACUCAUGAUCCUUCGGUUUUGGCACACAAUUCGAACAAGCCUUUGCUAUGGUAUUAUCUUGAGUGACAUAAACCGACAAACUUUCUGCUACUAAUGGGACUCGAACUCGCAACCUCCAGAUCUUGAGCAUGGCGCUUUAACCACUUGGCCACCCAGGAAUAAUCAUUGUCGAUCAUUUCCCACUCUUUGAGUUUCGCCUGCAUGUUGUAGGAGAGCUGGAACCAGAGCUGGAACUAUAAUUCAUAAUUCAGUAUGAUGUACAUGAUUAAAGUGAUAUAGGCAAGCUGGUAAGUGUACACGUUUGGUGUAAUGCAUGCAUGGCCAUGAAUGUAACUUCAAGCCCCAGUAGAGAGUACCCUCCAUGCGCGCUCGUGCACUCUCACGUACAUUCUCAUUCCUCCAGCAACCUCCUCGAGUGGGUCUCUCCAAUAUGACCACCUUCUUUGAGCUUAUCAGCUUGGAUUCCAAGCAGCUCAGGACAGCAACAAACUGUUCCUACAUGGAGGAACCACUGUAGUCUGUACGUGUUUCAGCAAUAUUCAUUUCGUGGGUAAUAUUUUCGUGGUAGCUGCUUGCACUGCAGGUAAAGGUAGGCAAGGUCGCUUCAUUCGUGGGUAAAAUAUUCGUGGUCAGACCUCCAACCACAAAAACCACGAAUAUUUUGCUCCACGAAAAUUACCCGCUAUACGGUAUGUGAAUAGGUUGAAAGUACCGUAUAAAGUGAGUACGUGGUGUUCCUGUAGCCAUGGGAGACGGGAAGUAGAGACAUUCCAAUUCUAGCUGUGAUUAUGUAACGUGUAUGUUGUCGACAUAUGUCCAUAGGUGUACUGUGAGUCAUGUCUAUGGUUUAGAAUUACAUAUAUUGGUCACAUUGGUAAUUGCUUUUAAUUUCCCAGUGGAGCUGUGGUGUAAUUAUUGUAUUGUGUAGCCGAAUUAUCCCAGCAACCGAAUUCCUUCUACACUACCAAUCUAUUAACAAAAGUUUUCCUCGCAUAUUUGUCAUAACAUCAUGACAUUGAAAGUGUCCACACAUAGUCUAAAUGACAAUGUUACCCUCCUCUCCCAAUAGGACACGAAUCUGAUGGCUAGUCUGAAGGAAGAGCUGCAUGUCUCCUUCGAACAAGCCUUAUUCAAGGACAGUUCUCGCUACACUCCUCCUAGGGUCUCCGGUGGUCCGGUAGAGAAUACAGUAACAACAUAAGUACACAACCAGCUGCCUCAAAGACAAUAAAUUAUUCCAAUGGUGAACGUCUUAGUAAGCAAGUCAAAAACUGUUUAACAAUAAAACUGAAACUGAUUGAACUAUUAUAAUGUUCUCUUGUGGUAUGUUAUUACAAUAGUAUAUUGUAAUUCAAAAUCAGUACAGCUAGUGUGAUGAAUGUUAAAAAACGA